AUCUUUUCAUGUGAGACUAUGACUGAAUAACGAUUCAAGAAAAACCAAUAAAUGAAAUUUGUUUAUGGAAACCUAAAUACUAACGGACUUAACGAGGUGUCCAACCUCGUGAUCAUUUAGUAGUGAGAUAGCCCAGCCCAAAACUAGAACUACGUCUUUCAAACCCAAACAUGUUUACGUAUUUGUAACGGUGCCGUUUUAUUUUGGGUCAUCUCUUGGUCUCUGCUAUCCCAAUUUACGCUUCGAAAUUUACAGUAUCAAAGUUACGUAUACACACUUUUGGCAGUUCCAUUUCUUUCCACUACCACCCAAGAAAAAAUAAAUUAUUAUUUUUACUAAGUGUUAAAUUUGUUCUUGAUAAAAGAGAAAAGAUUGAGAAAUAAAGAAAGGAACAAAACUCUCACCUCUUCUCUAGUCUCAAUCUUACAAAACUCACACUUAGUAAAAUUUAACACUAGAGAGGCUUGGGCAGGACUAGUAUCAUCACCAUAUUCAAUGCUUUUACCAAACUCUCACCUCUUCUUCUAGUCACAAGACCAACACCACCACCCUUAUUCUUCAUCUCUUUCUCUCUUCCUUCACCGACAUCUCCUCCAAACUCCUCUCUUACUCCUCAGGUAUUCCAAUUUCUUCACAAAUUUCAGGGAAAUGGAAAGUGUUGAACUUUCGUUGACGAACAUGGAGACGGCCGUCAACGCUGACGGAGCUCAGAAUGGCGACGAUUUUUCCGUUGACGACUUGCUUGACUUCUCAUCAAACGACGACGUUUUCUUCGACGAUGGGGCUGAACUGAAAACGCAACGAAAUAAAGGAGUCUCUGUUUCCUCAAAUGACGAAACUACCCUUAAACGGAGCAACGACUUCUCUACCGCCUGUGAGCUCGACGUUCCGACGGAUGAAUUAGCGGAACUCGAAUGGUUAUCCAACUUCGUAGACGACUCCUUCACACCGUACUCAGCUCCCACGAAGAAACCGGUUUGGUUAACCGUAGACAGGAGACACCCUGUAACACCGGUUAACGUCGGUUCGUGCUUCAAAGCCCCUCUCCCGGUUAAAAUCAGAACCAAACGACCAAGAACCGGAGUCAACUUAUGGUCUUCUCUAACCGACUCGCCUUCGAGUUCUCCAACAUCGUCCUCCUCCUCCUCUUCUGGUUAUUCAAGCCCUCUAUGGCUCUCCGGCGCUGAGUUUCUCGACGAGAAAGCGGUUGAGAGACAGAAGAACAAGAAGAAGAAGAAACAGUUCUUGUCGUGGGAGGCUCAGUCGCAGACGCGGCGGUGUAGCCACUGUGGCGUUCAGAAAACGCCGCAGUGGAGAGCGGGACCGUUGGGAGCGAAGACGCUGUGCAAUGCGUGUGGUGUGCGUUUUAAGUCGGGUCGGUUAUUGCCCGAGUAUAGACCCGCUUGUAGCCCAACGUUCUCCAGUGAGCUCCACUCGAACCACCACCGUAAAGUCAUUGAGAUGCGUCAGAAGAAGGAGACGUCAAGAGAUGCUGAUGAACCCGGUAUGAACCGGACGGUUCAGGCUGUGCAGAGCUUUUGAAGAUAUUAGGGAUCCGACCCGGUUAACUCUUAGCAUUAUUAACUGCUUUGAAAUUUUUUUACUUGAAUUUUGUUUUGUUAUGUUUUAAAUCUUCAAAUCUCAUAUAUUUUUCGUUUCGCGUUAAUAUGUUUUUGGCAUCGUUCACAAUA